AUCCCCGCCUCUUUUUGCCCUCUUUUUCCCUUCUUAUUUCGAAUCUCACUUUCCUGACUUCUCCAGGAAAGACUCUCUUGAAUAUCUGUCUUUUCUUGCAUGUUCCAUCGCAGAUAUGCACUCGUCUCAUUAUAAAAUCUCUCACUUUGUCUGUUAUCAUCUCACUAUUCCUAUAGGAUAGGAAAGCCAUUGCCAACACAUCAUACGUCUCUCGGGCUUAUCGAUAAGUCCAAUAACAAGUUUAUUUCCCCGCCAAGGUUCUUUACAUCACCACCUCGAUCUAUAACAAACCAUUCUUUGCCCUCUCAACUCUUUACUCUCAGUCAAAGCAGAAUAAAGAAAGAGGCAAAAUGCACGACCUCCGCCGUCAAGCGCUCCUCGAAAGCCGUAAGACGGUUUCCCGCAAGGCUGCUUCGAGAGAGGCUUCCCGCUCAAAUUCUAGGGUUGUUUCUGCGCAGACAUCACGGCAGAAUUCGCGCCAGUCGUCGCGCGCUGCGAGUCGGUAUCCUUCUGAUGAGGAGGAUGAGGGGAAUCUGAGUGAUGAGACUGGUACUUGGAGUACAAGCUCAUUAGAUGACUUGGCAGAGAACCCCGAGUCUGAUAAUGCCGACUGGCCUGAGGAAUUAGCAGACUGCAUCCAGGAUAUCCUGGAUCGCAAACGGAGCAGCGUCCAAGGCCGCGAAGAGGCACUGUCUAGCUUCUGUCGACUAUCAAAAUUCCACUACGUCGAAGAAGAGAUUAGAAACCACAUCCAGGAUUUACUAGCUGCGUUUUCGCGCAGUAUAAAAUAUGAGAGUAGUGUGCGCGAGUCCGUGCUGGCGCUCAAGGCGUUGGAGUUUUUAGCUGUGACUGCUUAUGACGAUACCAUCUACGAUGCGGUGGAGUCGUUGUUGACUCGCACGAUUCGCGAUUCGACCUCGGGACUUAUCAAGGUUGCUGCUAUCAACUGUCUCGGCACAUGCGCGUAUUUUGGUGGAACGAGCGAAGAGGCGAAAAUGGAUCAGAUGGAGAUGUUGCUGGAUAUUGUUGCAUCGGAUGGUCAGUCGAUUGAUGCAUCGGAUGAUGCUGCGGUUGUCACUGUGGCGUUGCAGCAAUGGGGGUUCUUAGCGACUGAUAUUGAAGAUCUGGAAGGUGAGAGUGAGGAAGUGGUUGAGAUCAUGAUUGAGCAAUUGGCCAGUGCGGAUUCGAAUGUGCAGAUCGCUGCUGGUGAGAAUAUUGCGUUAUUGUACGAGAAGAGUUAUACACCUCAGGAAGAGGAGGACGAAAGUGACGAAGAUGAAGACAAUGAGGAUGAAGAGGAUGAGGAAGAUAUCCCCGGCAGCAGUGGUCCAAAACUCAUCAAGCGUUACACACCAUACCACGAUACAUACCAACUUGAACGAAUCCUCGCCUCACUGGCAACCGUAUCCGGCAAACGGAUCAGCAAAAAGGACAAGAAAAGUCUCCACACGAAUUUCGCCUCAAUCCUGACAACAGUCGAAAACCCGCGUCUGGGUCCCAUGUACAGCAAAGCAAUCAACCAAAACACAAACCGACAAUACGGAAGCAAACGACAAGUCAAAGUCGGAAGCGAAGGGGUAAUGAAUAUCGAUCGAUGGUGGAAAUGGUUGAGACUUGCGUCGUUGCGUCGGGUCUUGCAGGGAGGGUUUAUGGAGCAUUAUUUCCAGGGGAAUAGAGCUGUUUUGGAUGCGUUGCCGGUUAUGUUGAGGGAUGCACGACGAACGAAUGCGGAUAGAGGGGGGCAUAAGAAGGCAGCUAGGAUGAGGAAUUCAACGAAAAGGAUGAUUUUGGAGGAGGACAGUCUUUAGCAUUUACGUAUACGAUGUACUUAUUCUGUGAAUCAAUCUCAAUGUCAUAUACAUACAACCGUU